AUGCAAGCAUCAUUAAAAAAUUCACAAUUAGUCACACAAAAUAACAUCAAAAAUUGGCAAACAAUGCUAAUGUGCAAAAAUCUAAUAAAAGAAAAAAAUCUCAAUAUCUCAUUUGAAAAAGUCACUAGUUCCAAAAAUAAUAAAGGUGAUCUUCUUAACAAACAAGCUGAUAAAUUAGCAAAAGAAGGGCAUAAUAUUGAUCCUAUAACAUAUAAUUAUGAUUCAAUCAAAAAUUUUACUGAAGCUAAAUGGAAUGGGGUAGUCAAGGUGGUAAUGAUUGCUUAA